UUUGUGGUUUGUGAUGCCAGGUGAUAUUUAUUUUUUCAUGUCACCACGUGUUAUUUAUGUGUUGAGCUCAUCUGGGGGAGGAGUGGUGAUAAACUCCAUUGUUCAUAUUCUUCUCACGUUAUUAUUUGUGUGUUUGUUUCUCCUAAUAUUCAUCAGUAAUUGACUUGGCUCGCGCUGACCAAAGAUCAUGACCAACGUCACACGCCGUUUCAUAUAAAGAGCCCGAGCACGCGCACAUCUGGAUAGGUUUCUGCUGACUUUCAGGAGAAUAAGCUCGUGUAUCGACCCAGACUGUAACAUUACAAUGUAGCUGGUGUUACAGCUCUCUUUUUGUAAUAUUGUCUGUUUUUUUGCACGCUGAACCAUGGAGUCUUCUCCCAGCGUCAUGGAGGAAACCCCGGUUUUAGACAUGUCGCGUCUGCAACUGGCCGACUUGAACCUGGCGCACAUGACUGAGCCGCAACGCAAGCAGAUAAACCAGCUUUACCUUGCAUACAACAGCCUGGCGUUUUUUCCCACUUCUGUUAGCUGGUUUUCCAACCUGGAAUUCCUGGACAUGAGUAACAACGCGCUCACGGUUUUCCCCGAGGACAUUCUGCAGCUCACAAAACUAAAGUCGCUGGUCGCCAAAAACAAUCAGCUGGACGAAGCUUCGUUUCCCAAACAAUUCGGGUCGAUGCCCAUCGAGACCCUAAACUUCAGUGGGAACAGAUUUAAAGAAAUACCCAACCAGUUCCUGGAACUGAGUCGACUCCAAUCUCUGUCCAUGGGAGGAAACAGAUUAAAAAGCAUCCCAGCUGAAAUAGGAAACCUCACCAGGCUGCAGAUGUUGUAUCUGGGAGGGAAUCUGAUCUCAUUCAUUCCCCCUGAGCUGGCUAACCUGCGGUACCUCAGGUACCUGGUGCUGUGCGACAACUGCAUCCAGAGUGUACCACCUCAGCUAUACAGGCUACACUCUUUGCUGUCUCUCAGUCUCCAUAAUAACCUCCUGACAUUUCUACCACGUGAGAUCCUCAGCCUUGUGCACUUACAGGAGCUCAGUCUCCGCGGUAACCCUCUUGUUGUGCGCUUUGUCAAGGACAUGACCAAUAACCCACCGUCCUUACUUGAACUGGCAGGAAGGACCAUCAAAUCUCGGAACCUUCCGUACCUUGUGAAUGAUCUCCCAAUUAACCUGUGCUGCUACCUGGACUCGGCCAGCAAGUGUCCAAACCCCAAAUGUGCAGGUGUAUACUUUGAUUCACGAGUGCGUCAUAUCAAGUUUGUCGACUUCUGUGGAAAGUUCCGCCUUCCCCUCAUGCAGUACCUCUGCUCCCCUGAAUGCAGCUCUCCUUGCAGCUCCAACCCACAGAGCGACGCUGAGUCAGAGGACGAGAGUAGUGUGCCAGCAGACAGACUACAGAGGGUGCUGCUGGGAUAGCAUGAUCCUCAUAUACAGGCCUUAAAGGGGUGGUGGUAGCUCAGUGGUUAAGGCUCUGGAUUACUGAUCGGAAGGUCUGGAGCUUAAGCCCCGAUAUCGCCAAAACUGCCACCCUUGGGGGCCCUUGAGCAAGGCCCUUAACCUUCUGUGCUCCAGGGGCACUGUAAAGUGGCUGAACCCUGCCUCCUAACAUCGCUGGGAUAUGCAAAGGGAGACUUUCACUGUGCUGUAAAGUAUGUGUGACAACUAUGAAGCACCUUUCUUCUUCUUCUUAAAGAAUAUAAAUCCUGGUUCAAGGUUGAUUGAGUAAAACAGAGAGCAUGUCCACGGAGGUCUAUUAUUAGGCUUUAUGUGGCACAUUAGAUGAUGUGAACCGUUCAAGUCGGCUUGAUUUGACCCCUUAUUGUGUAUAUUGCUUUUUUGGUUUGUAUUUCAGUUAAUAGCUUGUGUAUGAUUACCAUAGUCAGAUUGUUUAUUUGAUUUCAACAAGUGCUUUCCACUUUCUAUUGGAAAGACACAUUUGAACUUUCCUAACCAAGAACUCCAGAUAAAGGUCACAUGAUAAACACAACUCAUAUGUUUCAUAGUCAAGAGAAUGUGGACAUCUUUUCAUCACUUCCAAUAGUUUCCAUUUUAAAACCACGGGCAUUAACACAGAGUCUAUCCUUGUUUGCUGCUAUAACAGACUUCGCUCUUCUGGAGAAUGGCUGUGGGGAUUUGUGAUCAUUUACCCACAAGAGCAUUAGUGAGGUCAGGCAGUGGUGUCUGUUAUUAUGAGUUAAACACGUGUUGUUGUUUAAUUAAUUAUUAAAUACCAUUAUUGGAAACUUUGGAACAUUUUGGGACGUGCUGUUCUUGGAAAAUCGUCAACUUUGAUGUGGGAUUAAUAAUGCAGCACAGCCGGUAAUCAAUACAAAGUGGUUUCUUUGAUGGAAUAAGACAGAUAGUGCUUGCCUGGAGAAGUGGAAAAAACAGCGAAUGUGUGAUGGAGUGACUUCAUAGUUAAACGUUAAACAGUGUAACAGAUGUGAAGUUUCACAUAAUAGUCAUCUGGAAUUCCCAAUUUGUACACAAACAGUGUGGUGAGCUUGUAUGUGUAUGUAAGACAAAGACUGGUGGGAAUCUCUCUUUCAUUGAGGCUCAUUAGUCUGUGUGGGUCAGCAAUGGCAUACAGACACACAUCCUUCACUCAAGUAGAAGUUUAGAUACUUAUGUUAUAACAAACUCUGAAAAAAGUUGAAGUGUUGACCACACCUUUUGACUCAAGUUAAAGUAAAGUAGUUUCGGCUCUAAAAUGUACUUCCAUUAAGUACGAAGUAACUACUACCUGUUUUAGUGUCACGCUGGUAACUGGAUCUUACAUUAUAUUAAUAUAUUAAUACA